AUGGCCGAGAACUGCUUACUCUUGGGAAGCAGCGGCCUCAAGGUCUCAAAAGUCAUCCUCGGCUGCAUGACCUUUGGCACAAGUCAAUGGGAAGGCGCGCCGUGGAUUCUCGACGAGGAGGAGAGUCUCAAUGAUACUGCGGAUACCUACUCCAACGGAAAGUCGGAAGUCAUUGUCGGCAAGGCACUGAAGAAAUUCAACAUACCGCGCAGCAAAGUAGUUAUCAUGACCAAGAUAUUCAACCCCGUCAUGGACGACAGCUCGCGACCCGCCUCUGUCCAUGACGGGCCUCUGGUCAACCAGAUGGGUCUCAGCCGGAAACACAUCUUCGAAGCCGUGGACCGGUGUUUGGAGCGUCUAGGAAUGGACUACAUCGACGUCCUCCAACUACACCGCCUCGACCGCGAGACCACCCCAGAAGAAAUCAUGCGCGCCCUGCACGAAGUCGUCCAGUCUGGCAAAGUCCGCUACCUGGGCGCCUCCACCACGUACACGUGGGAAUUCGCGCGGCUGCAAUACACGGCCAAGCUCAACGGCUGGACCGGAUUCGUCUCGAUGCAGCCGUUCUACAACCUCCUGUACCGCGAGGAGGAGCGCGAAAUGCCGCCCUUUUGUCGCGCCACGGGCGUGGGGGUUAUCCCCUGGAGUCCGUUGGCCAGGGGGAUGUUGGCCAGGCCCACUGCUGCUUCUUCUGCGAAUGGUGGGGGUGAUGGGGAGAAGACGCUGAGAAGCGAGUCGGAUGGUAAGACGAAGAAAUGGUUUGCCGAUGCUAAUUUGGAGAUUGUAGACGCGGUGGAGAAGGUUGCGCGGGAUAAGGGGGUGAGUAUGUCGUUGGUGGCUACGGCGUGGGUGCUGAGGCAGGGGUGUUGGCCUAUUGUGGGUUUAAAUAGUGAGAAGAGGAUCAAGGAGAUCGUGGGAGCUUUGAAGUUGCAGUUGACGGAUGAGGAGUGUAGGUUUCUGGAGGACGGCUAUCGGCCGAGGAGUGUGGAGGGGUUGUGAAGUGGUGCGGGUGCGGGUGAGGCG